AUGCCAAUGCAUUAAAUUCCUUAAAUUUCACUUAUCUAACACAAUUAAUCACCAUAAACAAAACCAAUUCUCUAAUUAACAAUAAAAAAUAGGUUAGAAAUCUCUAUUGUCUAACCUAUAGUUUAAGCACUAUUUCAAGCUGCUUAAUUAGCAUAAGAAAGGAUUAUAUUGAAAUAAGAACAAAAACUCAUAUUGAAAUAAGAACAAAAACUCAUAUUAUCAACUCCACCAAUGAAUCUAAUGACUUAACUUCCACUAAAAAUUGUAAAUAAAAUACAAUGGCCUAAAUUAACAGAAGCCUAAAUAAGGAAAAAUGCAGUAUUGGAAUAAAAAAAAUGGAAAAAUAAUAAUAAACAAAAAAACCAGAAGUCAAAGUUACUUAUUGAAAACUAAUCAUAAAUCAAGUUGAGGCUCAAACUAGAUUAAUUUUAAAUAUUUGUCCAAUAUGCAGGAAGAUAUUCCCAACCGAAGGAAUUAUGA